AUGCAAUAUGUUGUGCUGGUCUAUAAAACAGAAGUGCCACUUAACAAUCAAGCGAACGUCACCGACGAUGUCAAGCGAUUCAUUGAGCAGAUUCCAUAUUUUCUAAGCAAUUCAGCAACCGGACGUGCACUUGGUAAACCAAUCGCCGGAACUUUUUUCUAUGUUAGUCUUUUUUUCUUAAGUAUUUGGAUCAUUGAAACAUACUUUGGUCUUUCGAUAACGAUUCUUAAAUUUUUUCACACUCCUUCACUUAUUACGAACCAGAUUCAAGCGGAUUGUGAAUGA